AUGAACCGAGUGCUGGAAAUCGAUGCGAUUUUACAUCGAUUGAUAGCCGUAGAUGAGACAAAUUUGCUGGUGAACAGCGAUUGGAAUGAUGUUGCCGACGACAUCAAGCUCAAUAUGGUGCGCGCUCAAUGCUAUCGUCCACUCUCACCGCGCUCGUCCGAGUGCUCACCCCGCCCAUCGACUUCGCCCCGCCCACUUGACAUAACCCCUCCUGCUAGCACGCUAGGCUCCGCCGGUAGCGAAAUCUCUGAAUUACCCACAACCUGUACUGAUGUGUCUUAUCAAAGUGCUGCUCAUGCAUUCAAUCGUGAAAUUUUCUCAAGAUGUGUGCAAAUCGUCGAAGCUGCCGAAAAACAGGGACAUAUUGAAAUGCAAAUGAUCUCACUUGCUCAUCAUUCUUACAUUGCCAUGGUUCAUGAAGCAGAUAAAACCGAAGAUGCAAUAAAAUUAGCUACUUGGUGGAAUAAAUUCUUAGAAGGCGUUGAGAAAGGUCGUACUAACACGGAGCUGUUGGAAAUACUGGAAAUGCGUUGUACAGCCCUAGAAAGCCUUCGGAACCUUGACCACGCAAAUCGUCAUGCAGUUGCGGAGAAACUACUUGAAACUUUGACAAGAAGCUAUAGG